GCUUGCUUGAAAAAUAAUUGCUAUCAAACUGGAGCAGUCUUAUAGACCUUAAUAAGUAUUUAGAGCACCAUGGUUAGCCCAUCUUUUCUACUCCAUGUUGUCCUGGCUGCUUUACUUGGGUGCGCCUCAGAGGCCCAGGAUGAGGCGAUCACAGCGAUGGACAUGCAGCUGACCAAUCGGACAGCUGAUCCCACCAUGACAUCAGGGGGACCUCUAAUAGUUAGCUCACCUGCAGGAGAAACAGUGGACGAAACAGUCCCUCCCACAGGUACCCGCUGCCAGGGGUAUUAUGAUGUGAUGGGCCAGUGGGACCCACCAUUUAAUUGCAAUGCCGGAAUCUUCUUGUUUUGCUGUGGUACCUGCUUUUACCGGUUCUGCUGCCAGUUCCGUCAGCAACGUCUGGACCAGACUUCAUGCUCCAACUACGAUACACCAAUUUGGGCCAACACAGGUAAACCUGUGGCCACUAUCACUGAGGUGCACUCAGAGCAUGAGCGGGACCGCACGCAAAUGAUUGUCUACAUAAUCUGUGGUGUGGUGGCCAUCAUGGUUUUGGUAGGCAUCUUCACCAAGUUGGGUCUGGAGAGAAGGCGAGGUGGACAAAAUGAUGUUACCAGCUCAAGGACUCUGCAGGAGCUGCUGAAACAGCCAGGUGGGGAUGUGAGCCCUGGAGAUGUGACCAUUAGCAGCAACAGCAACAUUGGGGUCAAUGGCAUUUCAGCUCGGAUGUUACGCAGCUGCAGUGAGCAAUAUCACCUCAGCAACACAGCAUUCAGUCCAAAGGUUGGACAAUCUCAUCCACAAAGCAACAACAGUCUACCUGGCCUUACACAUAAGUAUUCCUCACUGAAGGCUGUUGCAGACACAGCCAGCAGAGGUUACUAUAAGAGUUAUCCUCUCAUGGACUUCUCUCAAUACCAAACUCUUUCUGCACCAUUUCAACCCAUCCCAGCACAGCAAAAAGACAAGUCCUAUUUUCAUCAAGACAAGCCCUACAUGCAUGAAGCUGUACCGUCCCAUGAUGUCCACUCUGCUCUUUCCAUUUCCAUCCCAACCAGGCAACUUGAGAGGAGCUGCUUUCGAAAGACCAUCGCUAAUCCCUCACACCUUAGCUCAAGCUUCACAGUAUGUGACUCUGCACCCCGCCAUGUCCAUCGGCAGACCUCACACCCUGGACAUCCUGGUCGCCGGCAGACAUACGUUAAUAGAAGGCAAUACAGCACAGAGAAGCUUCCUGAGCUUUUCUCACAGCCCAUGUCCUAUGAAGGAUCCUCACCCUAUCCUCAAAAACACAAGAAAUUUCAAACCAACAGCAAAACUGAAGUCACUGUUUAA